AUGGACAAGCUGCCCCCCUCCAUGCGCAAGAGGCUCUACAGCCUGCCCCAGCAGAUAGGUCCCAAGGCAUCGAUCAUGGAUGAGGAGGAAGACAGCGACAAGGACACCCGGAGGAAAAGCAUCAGGCUGAAGCCACUACCUUCGCCCUCUGCUGGGAGCACCCGGGCACUCGGGGGAGACCCCGGCAGAGGGGGGGACCCCAGCCUCCUGGAGACGGAGGCAGGCAGCAAGGGCACAAAGACCAGCACCAACGGGGACUGCCGCCGUUUCAAAGGGAGCCUGUCCUCACUGACCAGCAGGCAUCUCCACGACGCGGCCGAGGAGAAGAGGCUGAUCGGGGGUGAAGGGGACCCAGCCUCCCCCAGUGAGGAAAAGAGCCCCACUGGCAGCGGGGAGCUGGAGCAGGGACUGCCAGCGCCCCCAGCACCAGCGUCCCCCCCAGAGCCCCAGCAGCAGCCUGCCCGGGCUUGCUCCUCUACCUCCAUCAAAGUGGAAGGAGGUGGAGGGUGCGACCAGAUCACCCCAGAUGAGGAGCAGAGGCUGGGCCAAGCUGGUUUCAUGCAGAGGCAGUUCGGGGCCAUGCUUCAGCCAGGGGUCAACAAAUUCUCCUUGAGGAUGUUUGGCAGCCAGAAGGCCGUGGAGCGGGAGCAGGAAAGGGUUAAGUCUGCCGGGUUCUGGAUCAUCCAUCCCUACAGCGACUUCAGGUUUUAUUGGGAUUUGACCAUGCUGCUCCUGAUGGUAGGGAACCUGAUCAUCAUCCCUGUGGGCAUCACUUUCUUCAAGGAUGAAAACACUACCCCAUGGAUUGUCUUCAAUGUGGUUUCAGACACGUUCUUCCUCAUCGACCUUGUCCUCAACUUCCGAACAGGCAUUGUGGUGGAGGACAACACAGAGAUCAUCCUAGACCCACAGAGGAUCAAGAUGAAGUACCUGAAGAGCUGGUUUGUGGUAGAUUUUAUCUCCUCCAUCCCUGUGGACUAUAUCUUCCUGAUUGUUGAAACCCGCAUUGAUUCCGAGGUGUACAAGACAGCCCGAGCACUGCGCAUCGUGCGCUUCACUAAGAUCCUCAGCCUUCUGCGGCUUCUGCGGCUCUCCCGGCUCAUCCGCUAUAUUCAUCAGUGGGAGGAGAUCUUCCACAUGACCUAUGAUCUGGCCAGUGCAGUGGUGCGGAUUGUGAACCUGAUUGGGAUGAUGCUGCUGCUGUGUCACUGGGAUGGCUGCCUCCAGUUCCUUGUGCCUAUGCUGCAGGACUUCCCCGACGACUGCUGGGUGUCCCUCAACCGCAUGGUGAAUGACUCCUGGGGGAAGCAGUAUUCCUAUGCGCUGUUCAAGGCAAUGAGCCACAUGCUCUGCAUUGGGUAUGGGCAGCAGGCGCCCGUUGGCAUGUCAGAUGUGUGGCUCACUAUGCUGAGCAUGAUUGUCGGUGCCACCUGCUAUGCCAUGUUCAUCGGCCAUGCCACAGCCCUAAUCCAGUCUCUGGACUCCUCGCGGCGUCAGUACCAGGAGAAGUACAAGCAAGUGGAACAGUAUAUGUCCUUCCACAAGCUCCCUGCAGACAUGCGGCAACGCAUCCAUGAUUACUAUGAGCACCGCUAUCAGGGGAAGAUGUUUGAUGAGGAGAGCAUCCUGGGAGAGCUGAGUGAGCCCCUCCGAGAGGAAAUCAUAAACUUCAACUGCCGGAAGCUGGUUGCCUCUAUGCCCCUCUUUGCCAACGCAGAUCCCAACUUUGUGACCUCCAUGCUGACCAAGUUGCGGUUCGAGGUGUUUCAGCCGGGGGAUUACAUCAUCCGGGAGGGCACCAUUGGCAAGAAGAUGUACUUCAUCCAGCACGGGGUGGUGAGCGUCCUCACCAAAGGCAACAAGGAGACCAAGCUGGCAGAUGGCUCCUACUUUGGAGAAAUUUGCCUGCUGACCCGUGGCCGGCGCACAGCCAGCGUGCGAGCUGAUACCUACUGCCGGCUCUACUCCCUCUCCGUGGACAACUUCAACGAGGUGCUGGAAGAGUAUCCCAUGAUGCGGCGAGCUUUUGAAACCGUGGCUCUUGAUAGGCUGGACAGAAUUGGCAAGAAAAAUUCCAUUCUGCUGCAUAAAGUCCAGCAUGACCUCAAUUCGGGUGUUUUCAACUACCAGGAGAAUGAGAUCAUCCAGCAGAUUGUGCAGCACGACAGAGAGAUGGCACACUGUGCUCACAAUGUCCAGGCUGCCGCUGCUGCUGCUGCUUGGCGCAUACCUCCCCCCCCACUGAUCCAGGCCCCCCUGCAAGCUGCAGCAGCCACCACUUCUGUCGCUAUAGCUCUGACCCACCACCCACGCCUCCCAACGGCCAUCUUCCGUCCUCCGGUGUCCGUCUUGGGUUCCUUGGGACAGCAAUCCAACCAGACUCCAAGACAACUGAAAAGGCUUCAGUCUCUAAUCCCGUCGACUGGGCCUUCUGCGGUUGGCUCUCCCUCCAGUACUCCAUCCCAGCUUCAUACACCAGGAGCAGAAACCCCUUCAUCCUCUUCCUUCCACAUCCAGCAGCUCGCAGGAUUCUCGGCUGCCGCCGGCUUAGGCCAGUUCCAGGUGGGAUCCCCUCCAGGUGGCUCAAGCCAGCCAGCUCAGCCCAUGCAGCAGCAGCAGUCAGCCCUUUCCAGCAGUGGAUUUGGGCACUUCCAGCAAGCCACAACUAGCUCCCCAUCAACAUCGCUCACCCAGCUCUCAUCAAACUCACCUCCCAGUCUUCUCAACCAGUUCCAGCCCACCACAAGACCACUGCAGGGGGGACAGUUACAGCAGCUCUCGGGCAGUGGGACUUUGGGGGGAAUGAAUAACUUCCAACCCCCUCCUUCUUCCAACUCUCCAUCCUCCAGCCUAAGCCAGCUGGCACAGGCCUCUGGUGGGCUGUCCUCAGGCCUGUGCCAAACGCAUCCAAGUGCAUUAGGAUCUUUAACUGGAACGAUAGCCCAGCUGCACCAAGAACGGCCACCUUUUGCCACCAUGUCUCCACUACAACAGUCUGGUGUCGUGUCCCCCUCUUAUACCCCCUCUGGCCUUAGUCCUCCUAGUCAGAGCCCAGUGGCAACAAGAACUUUUCAGUGUGGCCCUUCUGUGGCCUCAGGCUCUCACGGCUCUCUGCUCCUGCCUCAGACCGCCAGCCCACCUCCGCAGAUCCUGCAGUCCAAGAGCACGCCGCCUGUGCCACCAGGACGUCUGAGCCAGGACAUCAAGUUGAUUUCUGCUUCUCAGCCAUCUUUGCCCCAAGAGCUGGCUCAGACACUGAGCCAAAGUUCUCCUCAUUCCUCUAGAGAAUCUGUUUCCAGCUUCUCUCCUUUUCCUGGUGGAGGGACUGGACUUCUUGGGAAGCCUUGUAGCUCAAUUCCUGGGCGUGUGACUUUACCACGUCAGAUGUCCUCAGGUUCUUUACCACAUCCGCUGGUGUUUGGGGCCAGUGCUGCAGGCGCUGCUUCUCUGACUGCUGGUGGGCGGAAAGAAUCCAUAGUGCUCACAGGGGAUCUGGAACCUGUCAGAUCCAAACUGCCCUCCAAUUUGUGA